AGGCUCUUGGCGGCGCCGGCCAUGAUGCUGUGGUGCCUGGUGGGCGCCCUCCUGCCCGCGCUGCUCCGUGCCGCGCCGCCCCCCAUCAACAAGCUCGCCCUCUUCCCCGACAAGAGCGCCUGGUGCGAGGCCAAGAACAUCACGCAGAUCGUGGGCCACAGCGGCUGCGACUCCAAGUCCAUCCAGAACAGGGCCUGCCUGGGCCAGUGCUUCAGCUACAGCGUCCCCAACACCUUCCCGCAGUCCACGGAGUCCCUGGUCCACUGUGACUCCUGCAUGCCGGCGCAGUCCAUGUGGGAGAUCGUGACGCUGGAGUGUCCGGGCAACGAGGACAUCCCGCGCGUGGACAAGCUGGUGGAGAAGAUCCUGCACUGCAGCUGCCAGGCGUGCGGCAAGGAGCCGAGCCACGAGGGCGCCCUGUUCAACGUCUACCUGAACGCGGAGGAGAGCGGCCCGGCCGAGGGGCCCGGCCCGCACCGCUACGGCCACCCUCAGCACGAGGCCGAGGAGCCGCCGGCCUCCAGCCGCCACCGCCACGACGAGGAGACCGAUGAGUGACCCGGCCCCUGGGACUGUUGGUGCAGCCGCCGUGCCGGGGCCGGGGGAGGGAAGGGGUCCGGGGCGUCUUUCCUUAUCCCGCAGCUUCCCUCGUGCUUUGCUCGCUGCGGCGCAGGCAGGAGGGGCUGCCGAAGCACGACGACUUGCACAGAAUAGUAAUAAUAUAUUGAGAGAAGCGGGAGAGCGGAGCGGGGCCGCCGGCACCUCCUGGCUGCGCCUGGCCCUCCUGCCGAAGCCUCCUGGGUUUCCUGG